CAAACCAUCCGCAUGGAGCUGAGCGGAGCCAGCCUCUCCUUCGUUUUACUCAUCUCAGUGUACGUGAUAAUAGUUUCCUUGCUUAGCCGCAAAUUAUUAGCAAGUUGUAAGAAGCGGCGGCCUCCUGGCCCAUGGAGUCUACCCUUGAUCGGAAACCUGCACCAGAUCCUCACGACGAAGCUGCCGGUCGUCCUCCGGGACCUGGCCGAGAAGCACGGGCCGGUUAUGUACCUUCGGCUGGGCCAGAUCGACGCGGUGGUGGUCUCCUCGCCAGCGGCAGCCCAGGAAGUGCUCCGGGACAAGGAUCUCACAUUCGCGUCCCGGCCGAGCAUUCUGGUCACCGAGAUCACCCUCUACGGAAAUCUCGACGUCGCCUUCGCGCCAUACGGCGCAUACUGGCGGACGCUGCGCAAGAUCUGCACGGUGGAGCUCCUGAGCGACCGGAAGGUGAGGCAGUUUUCGCCGGAGAGGGACAGCGAGACCAUGUCCCUUGUUAGGAACGUUGGCGAGGCCGGCCGGGGUGGCAAGCCGUUUAACCUCGGCAGGCUGUUGGUGGCGUGCUCGUACUCAGUAACAUCGAAGACGGCGUUUGGGGACAAGUGCAGCUCCGAGCUCCAGCAGCAGUUUGUGUCGGCCAUGGAUGCGGGGCUGAAACUCAGCGCCGGGCUCUGCGUCGGAGACGUCUUCCCGUCGCUGUGGUUCGUCGACGUGCUCACCGGGCUGAGAGGCCGGCUAUGGCGAGCCCGCCGGCAGCAGGAGAAGGUCCUGGACAACAUCAUCUCUCAGUCGGAGAUGCGGCCAGGUGAUCACCUUCUAAGCGUUUUGCUUAGGAUCCGGGACGAGGGGGAGCUUGACUUCCCGAUGGAACUGGAUAACAUCAAGGCAAUCAUAAUGGAUAUGUUCACGGCCGGCACGGAGACAACAUCAUCAGCCGCCGAGUGGGUCAUGUCAGAGCUCAUGAGGAACCCGGAAGUGAUGACCAUGGCGCAGGAUGAGGUGCGACGAACGUUCAAUGAUAAGAGCCCACAAGACCAUGAUGGACACGUAGCGGAGCUGCACUACACAAAGAUGGUAAUCAUGGAGAGCAUGAGGCUAAAUCCAGUGGUGCCGCUGCUGCUUCCCCGUGUCUGUCGAGAGACCUGCGACGUCGGCGGGUUUGAGGUCACCAAGGGUACCAGGGUUAUGGUAAAUACCUGGGCGUUGGGCAGGAACCCCGAGCACUGGCAUGAGCCAGAGGAGUUCAGGCCAGAGAGGUUCAAGAAUGGCGCAGCUACCUACAAAGGAUCGCGGUUCGACUAUUUGCCGUUCGGUAGCGGGAGGAGGAACUGCCCCGGCGAUAACUAUGGGGUGGCUGUGUUGGAGCUCAUAGUGGCACGGCUUCUCUACUACUUUGAUUGGAGCCUCCCCGCCGGAGUGAAACCAAGUGAGCUGGACAUGGAAAUGAUCGCUACCGUAAGCUCAAGGAGAAAGAACCAGCUGCACAUAGUGGCGACACCGUAUGAGGCAUGCAGUUGUUAAUUGGACUUAACUUAUGCUCGUUUUAGUGAAUGGUAAUGGUAAUGGUUGAGUAGCCUGCGAUAGGGGGGUUUGUGCGGUCUCUGUACGACUUAACGCUGAGUCCGUUCA